GCAGCCAGGGCAGCAAGGACGGCACCAAGGGAGCUGCCCCAUGGACAGGGUCCCACAGACACAGCACCGAGCCUCGCAGGAGCUGCUGGCUGCCAAGAAGACCCACACCUCACAAAUUGAAGUGAUUCCUUGCAAAAUCUGUGGGGACAAGUCAUCUGGGAUCCACUACGGGGUUAUCACCUGUGAGGGGUGCAAGGGCUUCUUCCGGCGCAGCCAGCAGUGUCACGUGGUCUACUCCUGCACCCGCCAGCAGAACUGCCCCAUUGACCGCGCCAGCCGAAACCGAUGCCAGCACUGUCGCCUGCAGAAAUGCCUGGCACUGGGCAUGUCCCGAGAUGCUGUCAAGUUCGGCCGCAUGUCCAAGAAGCAGAGGGACAGCCUGCACGCCGAGGUGCAGAAACAGCUGCAGCGGCAGCAACAGCAGCAGCGGGGACAGGUGGCCAAGACCCCGCCAGCGGGCGGCCAGGGAGCCGACCCCCUCGCCGGCCCCAUCGGGCUCCCAGACGGGCAGUUGCCCCUGGGCUCCUCACCUGACCUGCCUGAGGCCGCGGCCUGCCCCCCUGGCCUCCUGAGAGCCCCAGGCUCCGGGUCCUCCUACCCCAGCAGCUUGGCCAAGGCCGGGCCCGAUGGGGCCUUGUACCACACGGAAUACAGCCCCGAGCGGGGCAAGGCCGAGGCCAGCGAGCGCUUCUACAGCACUGGCAGCCAGCUGAGCCCCGACACAUGUGGACUUCGUUUUGAGGACGCCGGGCAUCCUGGGCUCGAGGAGCCAGGACGGGGCCCGGACAGCUACGGCAGCCCCAGUUUCCACAGCGCCCCGGAGACGCCCUAUGCCUCCCUGACGGAGACUGAGCACCUGGUGCAGAACGUUUGUAAGUCCUACCGAGAGACGUGUCAGCUGCGGCUGGAAGACCUGCUACGGCAGCGCCCCAACAUCUUCUCCCGGGAGGAGGUAGCCGGCUACCAGAGGAAGUCCAUGUGGGAGAUGUGGGAACGCUGUGCCCACCGCCUCACCGAGGCCAUUCAGUACGUGGUGGAGUUCGCUAAGAGGCUCUCAGGCUUCAUGGAGCUCUGCCAGAAUGACCAGAUUGUGCUUCUCAAAGCAGGAGCAAUGGAAGUGGUGCUGGUCAGGAUGUGCCGGGCCUACAACGCUGACAACCACACGGUCUUUUUCGAAGGCAAAUACGGUGGCAUGGAGCUGUUCCGAGCCUUGGGCUGCAGUGAGCUCAUCAGCUCCAUCUUCGACUUCUCCCGCUCCCUGAGCUCCUUGCGCUUUUCUGAGGACGAGAUUGCUCUCUACACAGCCCUCGUGCUCAUCAAUGCCAACCGGCCAGGGCUCCAAGAGAAGAGGAAGGUAGAGCAGCUGCAGCACAACCUGGAGCUGGCUUUUCAUCACCAUCUCUACAAGACUCACCGCCAAGGCAUCCUGGCAAAGCUGCCACCCAAGGGGAAGCUUCGGAGCCUGUGUAGCCAGCACGUGGAAAAGCUGCAAACCUUCCAGCAUCUCCACCCCAUCGUGGUCCAAGCUGCUUUCCCUCCACUCUACAAGGAACUCUUCAGCACUGAAAUUGAGUCACCCGAAGGGCUGUCCGAGUGACCUGGAGGAGGGACUCCUUUCCCUUCCCUAGAGCCUACUGGCCCUCCUCCCUGGAUCUCCUCCCACCUUCACAUUUUUCUUACCUGUGCCCCCUGGAGGGUGGUCCCUACCUGUUCGUUGGGGGUGAGCAAUUGCUGAGACUGGUUUUCUGCCCACAGCCUUGCCUGACAGUGGGCCAAGAGCCAGAGGGUGGUGAUGAAGGAACACCAUCUCCAGCCUCAGCUUUGUUGCGUCUCCUUUCCCAUGACCCUUCACCCCCAGCUUCUGAGAGGCCUCGGGUGGCACAUAAGGACCUCUAGGAGGACCAUGGUGUCCUCAGGACACCAGGGGGAUCCAGGACACCCUGGAUAAACAGAACUCAACUCUGGGCUCAGAAGCUAAGAAUAGGACUUUAAAAUACCUCAUUGCAUCUCCCCAUGGGCUGUGGCUGGGGAGAUGUGUCAAGCUCAGAGACUGAUGGCUGGAGCCCAGAAGGACCUGUAUAUAACAUGAAUCCAGAUCUUUAGAUUUUCUGCUUCCCCCUUCCUCUCAGCUCAGCUAGGAAGUGGUUGGGCACCCUGCCCUUUUCCCAGAAUCUAAAAAAACUGGAUAUGGAAAGAUAAGGAUGGGGUGGGGGUAAGGGGCUGGGAUAACUUUUUUAUGGGAUUUGGGUACAGGGAUAGGUUACAAUGGAGGCCAAGAACAUCACAGAUAGAACUCAAACCUCUUAUGUGCACUUUAGAAGUAGACUUUAGGGGUCAGCACAAAUCUGAUGAGAGACACACAUCCACAUACAGGUGAAACACACACUCACAAACUCAAACUGCAAUUAUGCACCUCUGUAAACACAUUUAAUCUGACACCAUUUCUGUCUUCCUUGAGGUCACAGCUCAGAGGUGCUUAGUGGCCUCCGGGAAAGAGUCCCAAUCCUGAGGGACCCCAGAACAUUUUCGUGGUGUGCCAGUCCACCAACCUUAGACCUGGGGUGGCCCAAACUCAAUCCCAGCCCCAGCUGUCUUCUAGCACAAGAAACCCCAAAAGAAGAAGGGAUGGCUGGACACUGGUCAGUCAGAUGCCCCAGACCGACCCUUGGAAGAGUCCUCCUGUCAUCAUGCAGAAAGGAAACAAACACAAUUUCACCCCAACUCUAGCAGGGAGGAGACCAGGGAACAGGACAGACACCUGUUUCUCUGGCUGUGAUCAUGCCCCAGGACUUCUCUUGGCUUUACAAAUCGCUGUGAGCCCUCCUCUGAGGGAUAAAUGGCCGGUGAUGUGGGGGUGCUGUGUUCCUCUCGGUGGAGGGGUUAAGUUGGCUAAACAUAAACCCCAAAUUGUGCUAUUCUUCAUAAAAUGAUUUUAAAGGCCAGAGGUAUGUGCGGCAGGGGCAGGGGUGGGGGUACUUAAAUCGCAUUACAGACAAGCUGUUCUCCUGUCUCAUUCCUGUGUGGAGACCCAGGUUUCUAGGCCAGCAACCCAUGAACAUCAUAAGGAUUGCAGCCCCCACUCUGAGCAGCCCCCCAGGGAGGCUUGGGAGGUGCUCCUCAGGAACCCCCACCAAAGGAGUCUCGAACUAAGCUCCCCAGCAGAUGUUCUGGACUGAGAACUUUCCCCACAAAACAAUACCCAUGGGGGACAUUUAGAUUGAGAGGCUGCACAGAAUCACCCUGCAUCUGGGAGACUGACACCCCUGAGGAAGGUGCUUGGCCCCAGAGCUCCCCAGAGGGGAGUCAGGAUGUCCACGAGAGACCCCUUCGGGCUGCUGGCCGCCUCUCCCUCCUGAGCCCUCCUGCACCCCCGAGUCUCCCUCUUUGCUCCCUCCC